AUGGCGCUCCUGAAGUCAGGCUGGCUGUGGAGACAGACUUCUGUCCUAAAACGCUGGAAGUUAAACUGGUGUGACCUCUGGAUAGACGGGAGUCUGUGCUUUUACAAAUCUGAAAACAGACGAGAUCUGGAGCAGCGCAUCAGCCUCAAGAUAACGUGUGUGGACGUACGAUCAGGACUGGAAUGUGGAGAUGUGAAUCCACCAGAGAGCAACCCCAAAGAAAAUCGCAUCGUGAUUCAGCUCAGAGACGGCUCCAAUGUGAACCUGUGUGCCAACAGCGAGGAUGAAUCCAUAGCCUGGAAACUGUCUCUGCUCGAGACCAAGAGAAACCCGGUGUUCACAUAUGACCCCUACGAUGACUCCUACCAGGAAAUCCCCAUCAACAGAUACCAGACUGUCUACAUCACUCCUGGACUCGGACCAGGAACCCACCAGGUGAUCGUUCAGAGGGACCCGUUUGAUGGCGUGAUGGAGAACCUGGCCCUGGGAUUACUGGCAGGUGUUGCAGCAGGGACAGCCAUGAGAUCCUUCCUGUGGAUGCCCUUCUUCUUCUGCUGA